GUCAAAACGUCAACAAAACAACCCUGUCUUACGUCAAGCGUAUUUUUGCCUUAAUCGCAAACUUGGUAGAUUUAUCCGAGACAUCACUCGGAGGGAUUCCGAAGAUGGACGAAGAUGUACUGACUACACUAAAAUUAUUGAUUAUUGGAGAAAGUGGGGUUGGAAAGUCCAGUCUUCUUUUGAGGUUUACAGAUGAUGUGUUUGAUCCAGAACUUGGAGCAACCAUAGGUGUAGAUUUCAAAGUGAAAACACUUGCUGUGGAUGGGAACAGGACAAAACUAGCUAUAUGGGACACAGCAGGCCAGGAGCGUUUUCGUACCUUAACCCCCAGCUACUACAGAGGAGCCCAGGGUGUCAUAUUGGUGUAUGAUGUCACGAGACGAGAGACGUUUACCAAGCUGCACAACUGGUUGAGUGAGCUGGAGAUACACUGCACCCGAAAUGAGCUUGUCAAGAUGCUUGUGGGUAACAAGAUAGAUAAGGAUGACAGAGAGGUGGACCGCAAUGAAGGCGUGACGUUUGCGAGGAAACAUUCCAUGCUCUUCAUAGAGGCCAGUGCUAAGACACGAGACGGGGUUGCAUGUGCCUUUGAGGAGUUGGUAGAGAAGAUCUUGCAGACUCCAGGCCUGUGGGAGAGCGAGGGGAAAACCAGGGGAAUGCACUUGUCUGAACAGACUAGGCUGCCUAGAGAACAGAGCUGUUACUGCUCACUCCCCUAAUGCACACACACACACACACACACACACGCACACACACACACACACACACACACACACACACACACACACACACACACACACACACACAAAAACAUGGACACAUAUACAGACACACACCGAACAGGCAGGGAUAGAUAGUAAGUUUAACACCAUCAUGCACACUAACCUUACCUACUAUACAUACUGAAGCACUGGACUGAGAAGGUGCAUAUUUGGGCCUGUAGCUUUAGUACUAUGUAGUGUACUGUUUGUGACUGGUGGGGCUCAUCAGCUCACUCUGAUUGACACUGGCGAAGACUCAUGCAUGCCUUCUGUUCCGGUGGUGACAAGUCGUAAACAGAAAGGUGUGGCCUUGAUGGCAUGGGUCAAAAAUGGUGAAACUGUGAUUCCCUCAGCAGAUACGGCCAACCUCUGGAAUUGUGAGGAUAAAAUCUGGUGGUGUUGUACCUAGGAUUAGUGUGCUUUCCAGUGUUUUUCACUGUUUUAAAAUUUAUUUUUUUUAUUUAUCAAUUUUGUCCCAUUAGGUGUGCUUUCAAUUUAUUGAGUACUACAGCAUCAUUUUUUUUUUUUUUUUUUUUUACCAUCUCUCCAAUUCUCCAUACCUUCCUGUCCUCUGUUUCUGGCUCAUCCUUUCUCCAUCCUGUCUUUCUCUUUAAAUAGAUGUGUUCUUUAGUGAUUAUGAUACAGCCAGACAAUUAUUGAGGACCC